CUUCCGAAAUUUGUGCCAAGGCUAAAGAACCAUACUCAACAAGUGACUUGAGUACUCUUCGAGAUUUAUUAACUGCUUUGUCAUCUUAUGACCAUAAUUUAAUAAUAUCAUGGUUCAGAUUACAGGAGAAGCUUCUUCCCUUAGAGUUGUUAUGGCUGUUGCAGUCUCAAGGCCUAGUACAAUUUACUACACAUAUUUACUAGAACCAAUUAAACAUCUAGUUUAUUUGUGGUCUGAGGAUGAAUCACUGUGCAUCAGCAAAACAAAUUUAAUUGCUGGCCUGAGUGACCAGUUUGAGAAACAGAUUUGGUGUCAAGAUGAGACCUUGCGACAAAACUGUGCAGAGACUGUGGCUGGACUGUUGGCAACUCUGGUAAAUCUUGGUCCUCACACUUCUCGUCAUGUCUAUGGGCCAGCCCAGCAACUGUUGGAGACCGUCGUGGAGAAGUUUGUUGAUAGGCUCUUUGAAGAUUCCUCAGUUCCUGAGAUACCAGUACCUUUCCUCUCCAAGCUAUUGGGCAGCUCUGUCUGUGUACAGUCCAGACUACAAGUGUUCUGUGUGUCUGUGCUACGAACAUUUGUACAGUCUGUGAGAAAAGGAGUUACGGUUGAAGAGGCUAUACGGGAUCAAUCUGAGCUUUAUACAACCAGCAAAUCUUCUCCUGUGACCACUGAAAUCAUUAGUAAGGUUCUGUCAAAGUUACCAGCAGAAGAUGUUAUAAAUGAAUUGAGCAAAAUCGUACUUGAAGAGCAAUUCAACUGGCGUUGGCUAUUGACAACUGUUUCAGUGUUUGUUUCAUCAAGUACACAAGGAGCUGAAACUCUUAAAGCUACAGUGGAAAACUGGAUGAUACAGGCGUUUUCCAGCAAGGACUCACGUUUGUUGUCUGCUGCAGUUCUCUGUGCACGACAGUGUUGUACAGAAAACAUGCAAGUGUUUGGUUCCUACGCAACGUGGUUCGGUGGCCUACAAGUGCGCCCAGCAUCGGCCUUCAAAUUUCUCUUCAGUUUCUUAUCGGAGAUGGUCCCUUUUGAGCCGGUUUUAUGUCUCAAGAUCCAUGUCAAUAAGGUACCUUCAGUGCCUGCUAACUGCCACAGUGUAGUAGCAGACUACACGAAUCUCGCCAAGACUAGACUGGCAGACCUCAAACAGACCACUGACUACGUCGGUCUCUUCGGAGAGUACACCACUACAGAACAGGAGGGCCGUGAAGCUGAUGUCGCCAAAGUGGUAGCCUACUUCAAUCAGACUAGAGAAAUUAUGAAAAUAGUUUUAGAAGCCUCUGUGUUUAGAAAACAAUUUUAUGAAAAAGUGUUCUUGGCUGAAUUACUGAAAGACUACAAUUUAAGGCAUGUGGAGUUUAUUAAGAAAUUAUAUAGUAUAGGAAAAAUUCCUCAUGCUCUGUAUAAUAGAUGGCGGCAACAAUGGUUUUGAAUAUAUAUUAAUUUUUGUUUAAAUACCUUAUUUAAUGAAUAUUGUUGUAAAGUAUAUUUCUUAUUAUAAAUAUUAUUGAAUAAACAAAUAUUAAAAAA